CGGUGACGGAGACAGGCCGCUGGGCUAGUGGGCGACUGGACUAGCCCCCUGCAGCGGUCCUUAUGCUCGUUGCGGCUGGCGCACAGGGGCCAGAGUGCGGGCAGCAGGGGUUGUGCACACAGCGGGGGGGAGGCGAGGGGUUACACCCUUCCUGCCACAGGCACGGCGCACGGUUACAGAGAGUGGCAUGGGAACAGGGUGCUUCAAACGGGGCAGAUUUUCCUUUGGCCUCACUGCUUCUCCGUUCCUUCUGCAGGGCUGCCAGACGCCUGGGGCUGGGCGCGCUCUGCCUGGGAGUUGCUUUUCUAGCUGGGUUCUACCAUGGGAAAGUGACCCUGCCCUAUCUGUACAGAAUGUGGCUCUCGCCCCGGGGGGCCAGGCCUCUGCAGACGAACCUGAUGUUCCUCAAGACCCACAAAACUGCCAGCAGCACCAUCAUGAACAUCCUCUUCCGGUUCGCAGAGAAGCACAAUCUCAGUGUGGCCCUGCCUGCUGGCCAGGACGUCCACCUGGGCUACCCUCACUGCUUCAAGGCCCAGUUCGCAGAGGGAUUUGAAACCCUGGGACAAAGCUACAACAUCAUGUGCAACCACCUGAGGUUCAGCCUCCCAGAGGUCCAGAGAGUAAUGCCAAACACCACCACCUACUUCUCCAUCCUGAGGGACCCGGUUUCGCUGAUGGAGUCCUCCUACGUCUAUUAUAAAACUUAUUCUCCAGCCUUUGAAAGGUCCAAGGAUGUGAACGAGUUUCUGGCAUCUCCAUGGAUGUAUUACAACCUGAGUGAACGCACAAAAAACGUGUAUGCCAGGAACUGCAUGUGGUUCGACUUUGGCUAUGAUAACAAUGCAGUGGGCACGGAGGACUAUGUCCAGGGUGUCAUAUCGGAGGUGGAGCAGGCCUUUCAGCUGCUUCUGCUCUCUGAGUACUUCGAUGAGUCCAUGGUCCUGCUGAGGGACACGCUGGGCUGGGAGCUGGACGAUGUGGUUUACUUCAAGCUCAACUCCCGAAGCCCAGACACCGUCCAGAGCAUGACCCCUGAGAGCAAGGAAAAGGUGAAAGAAUGGUGCUGGCUGGACUGGAUGCUCUACCAGCACUUCAACAGGACCUUCUGGAGGAGAAUUCAGGAGGCAGUGGGGCUGGACAGAUUGGCUCGGGAGGUGACGCUCCUGAGAACAAGGCAAAAGGAACUCAUGGAGCUGUGCCUCUUGGACCCCAUGCCCAUAGAUAAGUCCAGGGUCAAAGACAAAAAUCUUCAGCCCUUUCAGUCAGGCCAUGCAAAUAUUUUGGGCUAUAACCUUAAAGACGGCCUGACGAACGAGACUCGGAGAGCCUGCCUGAGACUGAUCAUGCCUGAGCUGCAGUACAUGUCCUAUCUGUAUGCGCGCCAGUUCCCAGAGAAGGAGAGGAAGAGCGCGCCUUUCCCCUUGUGGUUGUGAUGACUGCGUUGGUGGGUUGUCACUAUCGCACCCUCCACCAGAUUCCUCUCGCGGUGCUCGUGGGCCUGCCAGUGACGUUGGUUCCCCUUUCUGGUGACCCUCCACAUUUCUUGAUGGAGACUUCAGGUCCAGGGAGGAGAGGGCUGACAGGGUACGUGGCAGGCACACACUGCUCCCUGGCUGUCUCCAGCUGGAGGCUUUCCCUAGCUCCAGCCUGCUGUGGGGACGUGGGCUAAAGAACCAGGGCGCUGUGACUGGUUCCCUGAGCGUCUCGGAGCAGAGAGCAGCCUUUCCUCGGGGAGCACAGGCCUCGUUCAACCACAGCGCCAGGUCAGUGCAAAUACCCGCAUUGACAAGCGGAAAACACUGCCCAGAAGCGGCUCCGCCCGAGAGUGUCCUUGCCCGCAGGAGGCUGGAGCAGCCCAGCUCAGUUCCCUGCCCACAGACAUUCCAAAGGCCGGACUACGUGGCUAACACGUCCUGGGGGAAGCUUUAUAUUUAGAAUCCUAGAAUCCCAGGGUGGACAGAGCCCUCAGGAGUCACCGCGUCCAGCCCCCUGCCCAAGGCAGGACCAA